ACCACCGAACCCGAACCGGCCACGCCAGCGCGCGCCGCACGGGGACGGGAACCGCCUUCUUCUUGCAGCGAAAGAAAGAAGGUCGACCGAAUCCGCGUCGGCGACCAAGCUGGCCAGCCCAACCUAUAAAACUGGAUCCCAACAUCGCCCUCCACCUCGCUCGCUCAUCACGCAAUCGAUCAAUCGCCAACGCCUCAAGAAACCGGAAAGGAUUCCACGCUGCGGAAGGCGGAAGCGCAAGGCAAGGGCGCAAGGCAAGGGAGCGAGAGGAGGCGCGGUGAUGGCGCGGCGGGGCACGGAGGCGUUCCCGGAGCUGGGAGCGCACUGCGACGAGGCCGACUGCAACCAGCUCGACUUCCUCCCCAUCGAGUGCGACGGGUGCGGCGGGCUCUUUUGCGCGGCGCACCGGACGUACCGCGGCCACGGCUGCGCCAAGGAGGCCGACCAGGGCCGCACCGUCGUCGUCUGCCCCGACUGCGGCGACUCCAUCGAGCGGACGGCGCCGGGGCAGGCCGAGCAGGAGAUCCUGGACGAGCACGUGCGGUCGCGCCGCUGCGACCCGGCGAGGAAGCGCAAGCCGGUGUGCCCCGCGCGCCGGUGCAAGGAGCCGCUCACCUUCUCCAACACCACCGAUUGCAAGGCCUGCGGGCGGAAGGUGUACCUGAGGCACCGCUUCCCGGCCGACCACGCCUGCGCCGGGGCGGCGGCGUCCAAGGCGGCGGGCGCGGGCGCGGCCAGGAGGGCUGGCGGGGAGUGCGCCCGCGACGCGCAGAGCAAGGGGAGCGGCGCCUGGGCGCUGCCGGUGUCUAUCCGCAACCUCAAGAUAUUUUGACUUUUUCAGCUCGUUUCGGACUUUAAAAAUGUAAUGGCAAAAGGCGCCAUGGCCUAUGAUCGUGCUUGUCAUGGCAUUGUGCCAUUGUAACGCUGCUCUACAGUCUGCAGAAUACUGGUGUAUAUAUGAUUAUUCUUAUUUGUUUCAUGUAUGUAAGUGUUAUGACAUGAAUGCGAAUAUGCGAUUGGUCAGAUUAUUUA